AUGGAGAACAGCACAGAGGUGAACGACUUCAUCCUUGUGGGAUUGACAGAUGCCCCAGAGCUUCAAGUGCCCCUCUUCAUUACAUUCACAUUAAUCUAUUUUGUAACCCUGGUGGGAAACCUGGGGAUGAUAGCACUGAUUUACUUGGAUCUUCAGCUCCAUACUCCCAUGUACUUUUUCCUCAGUAAUCUCUCUUUGGUGGACUGUGUUUAUUCAUCAGCUGUUACUCCCAAAGUGAUGGCUGGGCUUCUCACAGGAAACAAGGUGAUCUCCCAUGAUGGCUGUGCUGCUCAGAUGUUCUUCUUUGUGGCUUUUGCUAGUGUGGACUGUUUCCUCCUGGCUGUUAUGGCUUAUGAUCGUCAUGAAGCUAUAUGUAAGCCUCUCCAUUAUACCACCACCAUGAGAGCAAAUGUGUGCAUGCAACUGGUGAUUGGCUGCUACAUCUGGGGUAUCAUUGAGUCCUCCAUCCACACAGCCUUCACUUUUCACCUCUCCUUCUGUGGCUCAAAUAUAGUCCAUCAUUUUUUUUGUGACAUUCCCCCAAUUCUGGCUCUCUCAUGCUCUGAUAUUCAUAUCAAUGAAGUGAUGCUCUUCAUCUUGGCUGCCUUCAAUGUUUGCUUUGCCCUUCUCAUCAUCCUGACCUCCUACAUGUUCAUUUUCAUCACCAUCCUGAGAAUGCAUUCUGCUGAGGGCCGACAGAAAGCCUUUUCCACCUGUGCCUCACACCUGACAGCAGUGUCCAUAUUCUAUGGGACAGUGAUCUUCAUGUACUUACAGCCCAACUCAAGUCAUUCGAUGGACAAUGACCAAAUGGCCUCGUUGUUCUACACAAUAGUAAUCCCCAUGCUGAACCCUCUUGUCUACAGUCUCAGGAACAAAGAAGUCAAUAAAGCCUUUAGGAAAGCUGUUGAGAGGGCAAAGCCUCUACCAUGCAUGUGA